CGUUCCGGGAUUGCAUUGAGCCUCGGAGGCUCUCACAGAGUCUGCAUACUGUUACUCCACCUUUCCCUCGGACAGCUUCCUAAAGCGGCGGGGACGCACUGAGUGAAAAUGGUCCAUCAUUCAGGCUCGAUUCAGUCCUUUAAACAGCAGAAAGGUAUGAAUAUAAGCAAGAGUGAGAUAGCAAAAGAAACUUCAUUAAAACCGUCUCGGAGAUCCUUGCCUUGCCUGGCCCAGAGCUAUGCUUACUCAAAGAGCCUGAGCCAGUCUACCUCGCUCUUCCAGUCAAUUGAGAGUGAAUCUCAGGACCCCACUUCUGUAACCUCAAUCUCUGCUGACAAAGCAGAGCAAGUUAACACUGAGGAAGAGAGAAAAGAUUCUGUGCUCAAAUGUUCUUUCACCGACCUCAGUGAUUUUUGCUUGGCCUUAGGAAAAGAUAAGGAUUUCACGGAUGAAUCAGAGCAUGCUAAUUAUGACCGAUCUCGCCUCAUUAAAGACUUUGUUCCUAAAAAUAAUUCUGAACCCAAGCCCAGAUUGCCUAAGAAUGACAUGAAUUACAUAGCAUCCAGUGGACUUCUAUUCAAAGAUGGCAAAAAGCGGAUUGAUUACAUCCUGGUUUAUAGAAAGUCAAAUAUACAAUAUGACAAAAGAAACACAUUUGAAAAGAACCUCAGAGCAGAAGGCUUAAUGUUAGAAAAGGAGCCAGCUGUUGCAAACCCGGAUAUCAUGUUUAUUAAAAUUCACAUUCCAUGGGACACACUGUGCAAGUAUGCAGAGAGACUGAAUAUUAGGAUGCCCUUCAGGAAAAAAUCCUAUUACACUGACCGGAGAAGCAAAUCAAUGGGCAGGGUGCAAAAAUAUUUUAGGAGAAUCAAAAAAUGGAUGUCCCAAAACCCAAUGGUUCUUGACAAGUCAGCUUUCCCAGACCUGGAGGAUUCAGACUGCUAUACUGGCCCUUUCAGCCGUGCACGGAUUCACCACUUCAUAAUUAACAAUAAGGACACCUUCUUCAGCAAUGCUACUCGAAGCAGAAUAGUCUAUCACAUGCUGCAGCAUACCAAAUAUGAAAAUGGAAUAUCAAAAGUGGGUAUCUGUAAACUUAUAAACAAUGGCUCAUAUAUAGCAGCUUUCCCCCCACAUGAGGGAGCCUACAAGAGUAACCAACCCAUCAAAACCCACGGACCUCAGAAUAACAGACAUCUAUUAUAUGAGCGCUGGGCACGCUGGGGAAUGUGGUACAAACAUCAGCCCCUGGAUUUAAUCAGGCUGUACUUUGGUGAGAAGAUUGGAUUAUACUUUGCUUGGCUGGGGUGGUAUACUGGAAUGCUGAUUCCUGCGGCCAUUGUUGGCUUGUGUGUAUUCUUCUAUGGAAUAUUGACAAUGAAUGCAAGUCAAGUAAGCCAAGAAAUUUGCAAGGCCACUGAAGUCUUCAUGUGCCCUCUCUGUGAUAAGAACUGCUCACUGCAGAGACUCAACGAAAGCUGUAUCUACGCCAAGGUGACAUAUCUAUUUGAUAAUGGAGGGACAGUCUUCUUUGCUAUUUUUAUGGCAAUAUGGGCCACAGUCUUCCUGGAAUUUUGGAAAAGGAGAAGAAGUACACUAACCUAUACUUGGGACCUUAUUGAAUGGGAAGAAGAGGAGGAAACCCUUCGUCCCCAGUUCGAAGCAAAGUAUUACAAGAUGGAGCGAGUGAAUCCUAUCAGUGGAAAACCUGAGCCACAUCAGCCUUCCUCAGACAAAGUCACUCGUCUUCUUGUUUCUAUCUCAGGAAUAUUCUUCAUGAUUUCUCUGGUGAUCACGGCAGUGUUUGCCGUUGUGGUGUACCGCCUGGUUGUCAUGGAACAGUUUGCAUCAUUCAAGUGGAAUUUCAUCAAACAACACUGGCAGUUUGCAACUUCCGCUGCUGCAGUCUGUAUCAAUUUUGUAAUCAUUAUGGCACUGAAUGUUGCUUAUGAAAAAAUUGCUUACCUUCUCACUAAUUUAGAAUAUCCUCGAACAGAAUCUGAAUGGGAAAACAGCUUUGCUUUGAAGAUGUUCCUCUUCCAAUUUGUCAAUUUGAACAGUUCUAUCUUCUAUAUUGCUUUCUUUUUGGGGAGAUUUGUUGGCCAUCCAGGAAAGUACAAUAAACUUUUCAACCGGUGGAGACUGGAGGAAUGUCAUCCUAGUGGCUGUUUGAUAGACCUUUGCCUCCAGAUGGGAGUUAUCAUGUUUUUGAAGCAAAUAUGGAACAAUUUCAUGGAACUGGGAUACCCGUUGAUCCAGAACUGGUGGUCACGACAUAAAAUCAAGCGGGGAAUUCAAGAUGCUUCCAUCCCUCAGUGGGAAAAUGAUUGGAAUCUGCAGCCCAUGAAUAUUCACGGACUGAUGGAUGAGUACUUAGAAAUGGUUUUGCAGUUUGGUUUUACUACCAUCUUCGUUGCGGCCUUUCCGCUGGCCCCUCUUUUGGCUUUGUUAAACAAUAUCAUCGAAAUCAGGUUGGAUGCAUACAAAUUUGUCACCCAGUGGCGGAGGCCUUUGCCAGCCCGAGCAACUGACAUAGAUCAGCUCUGGGCUUGCAUCUUAUCUGGAUACAGGACUUGUGCCCCAACGGUCCGAACGACAUCAGCUCUUAGUCCUGCUGAUGAACUAACUAAUUUGUCUCAGGACAUUGCAUUGCAGUGCCUUUCUGAACACAAACAAACAUCUCAAUUUUUCAAAGAGAGUUGUUUAACAGGAUAUGUCAACAAUAGCCUAUCCUUCUUUGACCUGAGUGAACUUGGCUUGGGAAAAUCUGGGUAUUGCAGGUACCGAGACUACAGAGGUCCUCCUUGGAGUUCCAAACCCUAUGAAUUCACCCUACAAUACUGGCAUAUCCUCGCUGCUAGAUUGGCCUUCAUUAUUGUGUUUGAGCACCUUGUUUUUGGGAUCAAGUCUUUCAUCGCAUACCUGAUUCCAGAUGUACCAAAGAACCUGUAUGACCGAAUACGACGGGAGAAGUACUUAGUCCAAGAGAUGAUGUACGAGGCUGAACUAGAGCACUUGCAACAGCAGCGGAGAAAAAGCGGUCACCCUGUCCACCAUGAAUGGCCUUAGCGGAUGCCUGUUGCCCACUGGGGGCAAUACCAUUAGUAGACAUGAUGGCAAAUUAUAAUUCUGGGUGGAAUCAGAGGAAGGCAUAUGCACCUAACCACAUGUACAAUAUGAUACUGGGAAAUACAUCACAGCCAUCUCUGGAUCUGAAAUAUCCAGUCGUCUAGGGAAGAAGAAAAAUGACUCAUGACCUUAAAAAAUGGUUAGAUUGACAUUGCAGGAAGCCAGGGUCUAAUUCUCAGAACCAGCCUCAGGGAGUUGUGUGUUUGGAAACCUCCACCUUCCAUCAACACAGUAUACUAGGGAUGGUGAUGAUGAAGUUUCUAAUGACAGAUUUCCAUGUAAAUGUACACAAGUCAGGCAUGACUUAAAGUAUCAUGUGGUCCUCAUGUACACACUAAUAUGACUUUGGAACCUUAGGUUGAGUUGAGAUACUUACCAAGAAAUGACAAAUCAGUUAUUGCCUUUGCUGCCAGAACAUAUCCCUUCAACUUACUGUUUUAUAGGAAUUUCCUUUGUUUCUUGCUGAGAUUUUUGGAUCUGUGUCACAGGAAAUUCAUGUGUUUCUUUUUUCACUGACUAUGCAGUUGAAGAGUUGCACAACUUCAGUAGUCAAACCAAAAAUCUAAGACUCCAAAAAGAAUACCAUUAUUGAAAUAAUACUCUAUUGCUUUGGCUGCAUUCAAAUCUGUUUUAUCACUAGCAGAUUAACUUUCACUGCCUUUUUUUCUCCUUUACUAAAUGCCAAUGGAGUCAUAUUGUUACAAAAUAUGGAUGCUCAUCCUCCUAUCAUUUAGAAGAUGAUGAAUCCGUAUUUUACUGUGGAAAGCUGUUUUAUAGUAUACUUAAUUUCCACCUCCCUGAUUUAUUAUAGUUCUCACAGAAUAACUUGAAAUGCUGUAAAUAUAUUGAUUUUCCUUGUACCUUUGCACCUUGCAAUAUGGAACACAAGUUAUUAAUACAGUUCAUGCACCUCUGAGACCAGUUACACAGUAUUCCAUCAUAGCUUGUUUAUUCAGGAAAGCAGAAGCCAGAUGCUUUGCAACAUGUAAGCUUUUCCAACAACGUGCACUCUUGCUCGUGAGCUGAUGAAAACAAUGCAUGAAUAUAAAUUUAUAUUAUUUGUAAAAGAACACAAUUUUUUGAGUUUUACUUUCUUUUUAUCAUUGAAGGGAGUUUUCUGUUAUUUCUUUGGUAGAUUUGGUUUAUUUUUGAAAACUCACUAGAAACAAAGUCAAAUUAAUUGUGAAAGACAUUAUUUUUGCUUGUUGUGGAGUUGCUGUUUCUCUGAACUCUGUGAGCAUGAAUGUUCACAGACUGAUGUCGGAGGAAGCAUUCAAAUAAAAAAAGUCUGGUGGAGGCAUAAAAUAUGGGGGCAGGGUGGGAAGAAAGAGAAGAGUUGAAUUAAGAAAAUAUGUAGUAGAAAUCAAGACACUUUUUCUUGCAAAACAAAGCUAAUCUCAAUUUUCUUCUGGGAAUGGGAUGAGGCAUGCAUGAUCAUGGUUGUGGUGGUUCAUUUGCUAAGUCAUGCCCAUCUUUUUGAGACCUCAUGGACUGUAGCCUGCCAGGCUCCUCUGUCCAUGGGAUUCUCCAGGCAAGAAUAUUGGAGGAGUUUGCCAUUUCCUUCUCCAUGGGAUAUUCCCGACCCAGGGAUUGAACCCAAAUCUCAUCCAUUGACAGGCAGGCUCUUUACCACUGAGCCACCAGAGAAGCCCAUAUGUAAUCAUGCAUUCAUACACAUAUGUGAUUUUUUUGUGUGCCGUUUAAAGGUACAGUUAUUUCCAAAAUGUAUAAAGACCAGAUUAAACCCAAUGGAAAUAAAACUAUUUUGUAUGUAUGCAAGGGUUUCUCUAGCAAGAAAAGUCAUAGAGUUUCUCUUCACUAUUUUACAAAUUUUAACAAUGAAAGUGUUUUUUGUUUUGUUUUAUUUUAGUUUUCCUUUCUUUCUCUCCAGAGAUAAAUAAAUCACAGUGGUUGGUUGAUAUUUGUCAACAAUACUUACUCCCCUACCUGCCCUCUGAUUCUGAGCAAGAGGAAGAACUUCAGACUCUAAAUGUCCCUCCCAUUCCCUUGUCUCAAGGAAUUCUUCCAUUCAGAUUCCAGAGAGGUUUUGUUUCUGCCACCUGCCUAUUCACAGUAACUAACUGUACUAACUGCACAAAGAAACUUUAAAUACUUCCAUUUUGUAGCAUCUGCAUUUCCUUUUCUUUGUUGGUUAAAUGUAUACACAUGCCUGAGGAUAAAUACUCUCUAUGCCUAUUGAAGACAGAAAUGAACCUGACAUUUAUGUCCAUUUGCAAUUAGGGACACAAGGCAAAGACAUUUGCCUUAUAGUAAAGAAUACCAAUAGCUAUGCCCUUGAGAAUUUGUCUCUUUCUGAGUUAUUUUUAUAUAACCAUAGAAAAUCAUAUUGAUUACCUAGUGGGAAUAAUAUGAAAAGAGAAAGGUAUUUUUAAUACAAAUUAUGAUACAUUGAUUUAGGAAAUGCCUUCUCUGAUAUUUUUGAAAUCGAUGGAAAAAUAGAGAAACAAUGAAAAAAAUUAUCUGAAAUUCUCCUUUUGUGAAACAAUGCAGUAGAAUCUAGUUAUAUCUUCAUCACUGUUGACAGCAAAAUAUUGACAGCCCCACAUGGUAUAUCAGUUUUAGACAACUCAGCUUUAGUUGAGAGAAAUAUUUUAUAUCAUGGUUUUCAUAUGAAUACAAAUUAUUUCUCAAAGAUUUAUAUAACACACUAUUCUCAGGAAUUCUGUAUUACAUGAAUGCUGCUUAUAUAUUUUCUUAUUCUAAAUUAUUGUCUUUUCAAGCAGAUAACUAAUAUACACAUAUAUGUGCAUGCUCUCAGCCUUGACAAGUUGUGCCAGGCUGUAGCAUUUUCAUUGUACAGUGUGUGGAAAAUCGCUCUAGGUUAUAGCUGAAAUUGUUUGCGGUUGUCUGAGUCCGUGCACGCACUUUGAGAUAAAAUGUGCCUGGGUGACUGCAUGAGGAGAUACAACUUUACAACUUCGGAAUGCUGCAUAUUCUUCCAAAAUGACCCUUAGCACAAUCUGUUGUAGAAUGCGAUAAAAAGGAAUCUUUUUCACUCAAUAAAUUUUCAUGUGAGAUGGUA